AUGCAACUCACAAACCAGAGCCAUCAGAACCCAACCUCCUUCCUGCUCAUGGGAGUUCCUGGCCUGGAGGCAUUCCACUUUUGGAUUGCAUUUCCAUUCUGUUCCAUGUAUGUCCUGGCAGUUCUUGGCAAUAUGGCAGUGCUGAUGGUGGUACAUUCAGAGCCUGCACUGCACCAGCCCAUGUACCUGUUCUUAUGCAUGCUGUCCACCAUUGACCUAGUGCUCUGCACCUCCACUGUACCCAAGCUCCUAGCACUCUUUUGGGCAAAUGCUGCUGAGAUUGCCUUUGGGGCUUGUGCUACCCAGAUGUUCUUUAUCCAUGGCUUCUCAGCUGUAGAAUCUGGCAUCCCGCUAGCAAUGGCCUUUGACCGCUACUUGGCCAUCUGCUGGCCAUUGCACUAUGGAUCAUUGCUGCCUCCAAAAGCUGUGGGCAAGCUGGGGGCUGCUGCUAUGCUUCGUGGCCUGGGACUUAUGACCCCACUCACCUGCUUACUGGCAAGGCUGAGCUACUGUAGCCAAGUGGUGGCCCACUCCUACUGUGAACACAUGGCUGUGGUAAAGCUGGCAUGUGGGGGCACACAGCCAAACAACAUCUAUGGCAUCACUGCAGCCACACUGGUGGUGGGAACUGACUCCAUCUGUAUAGCUGUCUCCUAUGCACUCAUCCUCCGGGCUGUGUUAGGCCUCUCCUCCAAGGAGGCUAGGGCUAAGACCUUUGGCACUUGUGGCUCCCACUUGGGUGUCAUCCUGCUCUUCUACACACCAGGGCUUUUCUCGUUCUACACACAGCGCUUUGGUGAACACGUGCCCCAGCACAUCCAUAUCCUCCUAGCUGACCUCUACCUUGUUGUGCCACCCAUGCUUAAUCCCAUCAUCUACGGCAUGAAGACCAAGCAGAUCCAGGAUAGAGCCUUCCAACUGUUGAAGUGGGACCCUGCUCAAUCAUAA